AGAAGAAGCGGUAGUAUGAACGUUGGCAUUAAAAAUAAUACAGUAGUUUUCCACUUUGCAGGGAAGGAAUUGCAUAUUUCUCCGUCGAGAGGCAGCACUGAACAUCCUUGAUAGUUGCCUUGUCGGAACCUGCAUUUAAGACACAUAUCGGUGAAAAGUUGGUUUUCGAGUACUGUUGUAAACGGAGAGGAACUGGUGCCAACAGAAGUCAUCACUGUAACAAUGUAUGUACAAGCUAGAUUUGCCCCAUUGUUAAGACACUGCGCUGAAGUUCGCUUUGGUCCUUUAGCCGCAAACAUACGUGGCUGUAAAUCGAAAACUGGGGAGAAAGAAGAGGAUGUAGAAAACAUUACAAGGCAGCUGGAAGAAGCAGCGCUUGGGAACAGUUCAGCAACAGACCAAGAUGAGAACUGGCUGACAUCUCCAUAUCCAAAAGGGGCAUUUGUUGGUCGUGAACGUCACCAGGCCCUUAAGCGUGAUCCAGCAAUUGACCCUCGUGAGACAUCCAUCAUUCUGUUUCCAGGACAGGGUACACAGUAUGUCGGCAUGGGCCGAGAACUACUCAGGUUCCCAUCUGCACGUGACGUUUUUGAAGCAGCUAAUGAAGUUCUAGGUUAUGACAUUUUGAAGCUCUGCCUAGAAGGACCCAAAGAAGAACUAAAUCGUACAAUUCAUUGUCAGCCAGCUAUUUUCACUUGUUCCCUUGCAGCUGUUGAGCGUCUACAUGAAGAACGACCACAGGCUGUUGAAAGUUGUGUUGCAACAGCUGGUUUCAGCCUUGGAGAAAUAACAGCACUCACUUUUGCAGGAGCUCUGCGCUUUGACAGGGCAUUGAAACUGGUGAAGGUGCGAGCUGAAGCUAUGCAGUUAGCGUCUGAUGCAGAAGACAGUGGAAUGAUGACAGUGCUUUACGGACCUGAUUCUGAAUUGAAUAAAGCAAUGGCAAGUGCUAAAGAAUGGAGUAUAGCACAAGGCAUUGAGAACCCAGAAUGCUGUGUAGCCACUUACCUGUUUCCACACUGCAAGGUUAUUGCUGGCCACUCAGAGGCUCUACGGUACAUUGAGACUAAUAUACGGCAGUUCCGUCUGAAGGCAUGUAAGCGUCUACAGGUAUCGGGUGCAUUCCACACAUCUCUGAUGCGGCCCGCAGCAGAAGCAUUUCGUGCAGCUCUCCGCCGUACUAUGGUUGAUGACCCAGCUAUAACAGUGGUUUCCAACGUCAAUGGAAAACGUUACUUGAAUGGAGACCAUGUUAAACGUCAGCUUCCAAAACAGAUUUAUCAAGCUGUUCAUUGGGAACAGAGCCUGCACGCUCUGUAUGAACGUCCAGUUGGAGAUUCUUUUCCUCGAACAUUUGAGUGUGGUCCGGGUGACUCGUUGCGACAGGUAUUAAAAAAGGUGAAUGGCAAGGCCUGGAACACAAGCUGGACAGUAACUAUUUAGCAUUUCACCAAUAGUAAAUUUUUAUGAUCAGCAGAAGAAUAUAUCAGGAACAACAUUGAUGAAGAAACCUCAGUGUGUGUAAACUGUUCACACAGUUCAUUGUUAAGUUAAAAUGACUGAGAGCCCUGUAUUUUGCAGAUAGGUGGUUGUUUACCAUGUUAUUUGCAUCUGAUGUACAUUUUGUGUUUUUCAUUUUCACCAUUUUAACUGAAACUCAAUAAAAGUAUAAUUUUUUGUA